GUCAAAGAAAUAAGAAUAAGCCCGCAGACUUGAAUCCAAACAAAGUUCAAAAGUCUGUAGAAGGAAAAAGACAACUCAAAACAGAUUCCCACUUCUCAUCCUCCUUUAUAGCCACAUCUUCAGGACUCAAUAACACUAUUCACUUUCUCCGCCAUACGCACAGAAAAAAAAAAAAGAAAUCCAGAAAUAAGAAAAAGAAAAUGGAAACCUGGUUCAUCAUCCUGCUUUCUCUAUCCCUCUGUCUAUUCCUCAACUCCCUCUUUUCCCUCCUUAAACCUACUCAAAAAGCCACCCACAAGCUCCCUCCUGGACCAUUUUCUAUUCCCAUAAUCAGCAGCCUCAAAUGGCUUGUCAAGUCUUUCUCUGAACUUGAGCCAAUUCUUCGCAGCCUGCGUGCCAAAUACGGCCCUGUCAUCACUCUCCGAAUAGGUCCUCGUCCAGCAAUCUUCAUCACUACUCACUCCCUAGCCCAUGAAGCACUAGUCCAAAACGGAGCUGUCUUCGCGGACCGCCCUCCACCACUUGCUAUCAGCAAAAUAAUCUCUAGCAAUCAGCAUAAUAUCAGCUCUGCUCCCUAUGGACCAACUUGGCGGCUUCUACGCAGAAACCUCACCUCUGAAAUCCUCCAUCCUUCUCGGGUAAAAUCUUACUCGCAGGCUCGCAAAUGGGUGAUUGAAAUCCUCAUCAACCGCCUCAAGAACCAGUCAGAAACUGGUCAGUAUGUUCUUGUUAAAGAGCACUUUCAUUACACUAUGUUCUGUUUAUUAGUACUCAUGUGCUUUGGAGACAAGCUUGACGAAGAGAAGAUAAAAGAAGUGCAAAAAGUUCAGCGUAAUUUGUUAUUGAGUUUUAAUCGUUUUAAUAUAUUGAACUUCUGGCCAAGUUUGACAAGGAUUUUGUUCUGUAAAAGAUGGGAAGAAUUCUACAAGCUUCAACAAGACAAAGAAGAGGUGUUGAUUCCUUUGAUAAGAGCAAGAAAGAAUGCAAAACUUGAGAGGUUAAGCAAAGAUAAAGAGGAUAAUAUAGGAAAACAAGAGUUUAUAGUAUCAUAUGUUGAUACCCUAUUGGACUUGCAGCUGCCAAAUGAGAACAGAAAGCUGGAAGAAAAGGAAAUAGUAAGUUUAUGCUCUGAAUUUCUUGAUGCUGGUACAGAUACUACAUCCACAGCCCUUCAAUGGAUCAUGGCAAAUUUGACAAAGUAUUCACAUAUUCAAGAAAAAUUAUUCAUGGAGAUUAAAGGGGUUAUGAGUGCUGAAGAGGAAGAGGUUAAAGAAGAAGAUUUGCAAAAGAUGCCAUAUUUAAAAGCGGUGACUUUGGAAGGAUUAAGGAGACAUCCUCCAGGGCAUUUUGUGUUGCCACAUGCGGUGACACAUGAUACAGUUCUUGAUGGGUUUUCGAUUCCAAAGGAUGGUACUGUAAAUUUCAUGGUUGCAGAGAUGGCUUUGGAUCCAAAGGUCUGGAAAGAUCCUGAGGCAUUCAGUCCUGAGAGGUUUUUGAAUGAUGAUGGAGUUGAAGCAUUCGACAUGACUGGAAGCAGGGAGAUAAAAAUGAUGCCUUUUGGCGUAGGGAGAAGGAUUUGUCCUGGAUAUGGUUUAGCAAUGCUCCAUUUGGAGUAUUUCGUGGCAAAUUUAAUUUGGAAUUUUAGGUGGAUGGCUGUUGAUGGAGAGGAUGUAGAUUUGUCUGAGAAACAAGAGUUUACUGUUGUGAUGAAAAAUCCACUAAAAGCCCGCAUAUCUCCAAGGACGAAGCCUCGAGAGUGUUGAUCAGAUUCACUGGUUAAUAACUUAUCAGUUCUCUAGACUGAUAGAUGAAUAUAUAUAUAACAUUCAAGAGCAGUUUGGAAAAGAAAAAAGUAUAUUUUCUUGGCGCUGCAUGUAUCAGUUGUUUGGAUGUAUGUAUUAUCAGUAUAGAAAAUUUUAGUUCGAAUGCAAUCGCAAAUCAGGCCAUGUUUGGUUGA